UCUCCUCACUUCAUCCAUCCGUCCAUUCCUUUAUUAAUUUUUUUCCGAACAAAUCGCAGGAACACUUCCCUCUCCUAGCCCACAGCGGUUGACCCUUCCUCUUCCUUUGGUCCAAUGCUGCUCCUUUCUCCUCUCCUUUCAUGUUCAUCUCCAACCGACAUCACCCACUCGCUCCGCCGCUCUCCGUCACGAUCAGCUAUCGUGUUAAUCUCAGUCACUCACAUUAUUUUGUCAGAACCUCUGACAUCUCAGGUCUUUCAAGUGUUGAGAGAUUGACCUUCAAAGACUACAAUAAUUUGACUGAGAUACAUCAGUCCAUUGGCAAACUUAGCAAUCUUAUCUACUUGGACUUGGAAAACUGCAGGAACCCCGGUUAUCUUCCCAAAGAGAUUUUCGACGAAGGUAAAGGAGAGAUCAAGAAGAGGAAGGUAAGGGUAAGAAGAAAGCAGGAAAGAAGGAACUCUUCUGCGGGGAGAAAUCCUAGGGAGGAAAACCCACCACCUCUGCCUUCAACCCUAAGCAGAGCACGGGACAUUGAUGAGAAUGUUAACUUGUAUCUCUGCUCAAACCUAAAGGAGUUGCCAGAGGAUGUUGGGAAUAUGGAAAGUUUGAAAGAGCUCAAUAUAGCCUGUACUGCCAUCAAGAAUUUAUCCAUAUCCAUUAGCCAUCUUAAGAAUCUUACAAAUUUUCUUUGGAACAAUGAGAGAUCUUUAAUUGAAAGUCCAGAUACUUCAUUUUCCGGAGAUCUUGGUGGCUUACCAAAUUUUGAGAUGUUCUUUCUAAAAGGAAACACUUUUCAUUGCUUACCAACUUGUCUAUCACAUUUGCCGAAGUUAAAAGUAGCUUGAUGUUUCUGAAUGUGAUCUAUCAGGCACAGCAGGUCCCAUUGUUGUCGCAAGCCCCUCAUUGCAUAAAUUGAAUUUAAGCAAAAACAAAUUUUGCAGCCUACCAGUUGAUCUUAGUUCCCUUCCUCUUAAAAGCAGAGUUGAUCCUAUAUAAGUGCAAGAAGCUCCAAGCAAUAGAAACUGAAUCACACA